AUGCAAUUAGUGACCGCUAAAUUGAAAAUCGAUAAUAAUGGAUAUUGUGAAACAAAUGGUGUAACAUUAUUGGCAAGAUCACAUAUUGUUACACCUGCAUUAGCUGCGCUUUUUGGCCGUACCUGUCGAUGUGCAUUUGAUUGGCGUUCACAUUUUUGCAAGCAAGCUGAACGAUACAAAUUAUUGCUUGCUAUUCCAGAAAUGCAACAACGAGAAAACGAUCAAUUACCAAUUGUUUGCAUUUGCAGGCAGCUCAUGUCAGAAAAUAAUUGUCAACAAUUUAUGACACAAUGCUAUUUUACGCCUGAAAAUCAGCAUGAACAUUGUACAUGCUGUUUCAAUCAACCAAAUGCAUUUUGCAAUCAAUUGCAAUGCCAUAAUGGUGAACCAAUAUUUGAUAUGCAUGCAAAUACGACAUGCAUUUGUCAUGCACCUACCUUUUAUCCUUACAAUAUUUGUACUCAUCAAAGUUCACUGUUUUAUGAUCAGGGAGAAGUUGUUAUAUCUGAUAAUCAUGAUAAUGGACAGCAGUCUGAUUAUAUCAAAUAUCCAUUACAUGAACCGUCGGUACAUCAUAAGGAAUCAGUUACAAUGAGACUAUACGGUAUACAAAUUACACCUACCUUGGCCAUUGUCAUUGUUUUAGGUUUAUUGGGUGUGAUAAUAUUGUUAGCAAUAAUACUACUUGUGAUACGGUCAUGCCGUAUACACCGUGAACAUCGUGAUCGUGCAGCAAAACGUGAACUGGCACAAUCGGUAUUACUCGAACAACGUGCUGAAGAAGAAAAAUAUUUGCCGUAA